AGGCAACGUCAAAAGGAUACAUAUUAGCUUAUACAUUUGUUUAAUGACAUUUAAUUAAGUGGUAUGAAGUUCUGAUUUGUUGAACGAUCUAGCAAUUUAUAUCUAAACUUUGCAUAAAACAUAUUGUAAUUAAAUUAUGUAUCACCGAAAUUGUCUGCAAAGCUUGAUAUAUUGAGUAAAGAAAGAUAAUUAAAUAAAUAAAUAACAAACGAAGAAGUCAAAGCUAGAUUGUAGUUGUUGUGGGGCCUUUAGUGUUGUGUUGAGAGGAUGACUUUUAAGUUAUCAUAGUUAAAUACCUUAUAAGGGAGAAAUUGAACAUGAUGAGAUUGAAAUAUAGAGUGAAAAUUAUUCUGAGUUGUACAAGCAUGGGAAGGCUUGAUAAAUAUCCUUAAUACUAGUAAUGGGGAACUGGAGAGCUCAUGGUUGUGAGAAGUGUGAAGGUCGAAGUAGGGGGUGGACUUUGUACAAAUGGCAGAGAUGGAAGAAAGAGGAGAUUUAUGGUGGCAUUAUAAGACAGAGCAAGGAGUUUAAAUUAUAUUAUUGAUGAAAUGGUGAAAAAGUGAAGGCCCUUGCAGAGUUAUACAUUGAGAUGAGUCCUUGAUAACUAGACCAUCGUAAAUAGAGAUUUUAAUUGAUAUUUAUUGAAAUGUCUUCCAUGUCUUAAAUUAUAAUCAAUAUUCUUUUCUUUUCUUUUUUUUAUUCCAGUGAAGUGUUUUAUUUGUUUUUCUGUCACGACCUGAACUAAAAAACGUAAGUAUUAAUACAUUUCUUUGUGAUAAAUGGGGCUAAAUUAGGACUAGAAAUAUGCUUUCAUUUUAUAAAUGCCAUGGACUAAUAGUUACAAUUGCAUUAUAUAUAGUAUGAACAGAGAAUGUUUAUAUUUAAUAUAUUUUACUUGUAAAGUCCUUUUAAUAUUGUAUUUCAGUUUAUGCCCAAUGAAUUUAUGUGAGUGUCAUCCCCUAUAAUAUUAUUCUUAAGGACUGUAUUUUGGGAAUAUGUGACUGCUGGACUUUAUUAUACUCCUUAAAAUAACUAAUAUUCAGUAAUAGGGGACAAAAUAGCAUCCACUUAACUUGUUUUUAAAAUUCAGCAUUUAUUCUACAAGUACUUAAUUAUAGGGAUAUGUCAACUAAUUAGCAAAAAUAAUGUAAUUAGCAUAAAAACUUAAUUUUGUGGAAAUUUUGACCUAUUCUAACAAUGCUGCUUUGUCCCCUAAGUUCUGGGACUCAGUAAACUGCAUUUAACUGUUUUGUAUAAGCCCCCUGAGCCCCUGGACCCACUCAUUAAACGUUUAUACGCGUUUAUUUUUUUUCACAAUUACGCUUUUAACUUGAAAUAUUAACAUAACCAAGAAGGGUAAAAUCUUAACAGGCUUAAAUAGCCUAUUUUGUAUAUUUAAAACAAAAAAAUAAAAAGUAAUAUGUAGUCUCUGAAAAUUCAAUCUUCAUUAUUCAUGGAGUGUCAUUUUGAAGUUAAAAUUAGGCUCCAUAAUUUAAAACACAAUGAAAAAUUUCACUCUACAGUGUUCCAAAAUUUGCCCACUAGGUGGCGCUUCAAUCACUGUUUAGGACUCAGGGAGAUUCAUAUUUUCUUGUCUUAUAAAUCUACCUAGGGUAGUAGUACACAAGGAAAUUUAGCAAUAUUGUCUGACACCACUUUGUUUACUUUACCAAACUUGUCCCAAACUGAAUCAAACUGAAAUAUGAAUAGCAAACAUUAAUGUAAAAUAGCCAAGCCAAUAGGGAGAAUUUUCCCAAAAUUUGAUUAUUUAGUUUCAGUGUUGCAAUCUGGAUUUCAAUUGACUGUAUUUUUAGUUUAGAAUUUAGAGCCCACUCAUCAUCAAUUCAACCAGCAGAGAAAAACUAACAGUCAUGGGGAGUGAAUACUCAUCCACUUAUUAACAACCAGCUUGCAACAUUUAAAUAUUAACUAAACAUUAACAGCUGAGUGGGAGAAUUUUUAAAUACAAAUUUUUAUUGUAUUACAAAACUUGGUAGUGAACUUUUUCCGUUUUGUCAAAAUCUCACUGUUUUGCUGAUAAACCACUAUACAAGACAUGACAAGAGUAGUGUGCAUAGGUCUAAAUUUGACCAUUGAUUCCCUGAAAAUCAUGAAGUAGACCCUUGACCCUUCAGGAUUAUAAUCAUCUUCCUCCAUAAUCGUUUCUCUGUAGCAAUAAUGUAUGUAUCGGGAAAUAGCCAUAUCCUCCACCUUAAACGCCUAUAUCUGUGUGAACCUUUGAUUUAAGGCUUAUUUCUCCUUCGAAUAAUGCUGUUUUCACCAGUGUUUGUAAUUAGAGUGCUUCAAUACUAAAUACAUUUUUCAACUUUGUAAGUGUGGAAAUCAAUACUGCUGAUGAGGGUAAAAAUUUGAGUUUAAUUUACUGAGAUACAUAAAAAUAAUAAUAGUAAGUUUAUUUAAAUAUUAAUGAUGCAUGUAAUAAAGUGCAUGUAAUAAAUAUUUUUUUUGUAUUUUGCAGUCACCAGCAACCAUGGGUGACGGGGAGAUGGCCUGUUUCGGAGAGGCUGCACAGUUUCUCCGUAAAUCUGACAAAGAACGAUUGGAAGCUCAGAACAAGCCAUUCGAUGCCAAGAAUACCUGCUUCGUAGAUGAGCAGAAAGAGCUGUAUGUGAAAGGUAUAGUCACAGCUCGUGAAAGUGGCAAAAUCACCGUGAAAACUGAUGAUGGAAGGGUAAAUAUAAAAUUCUAAUACUUAUCAUACCACCUGCUAAUUACUUUGAAUUGUGAGCUAAACUGAAAUAUGUCUCUUUUUUUUCUAGACUCUAACUGUAAAAGACGGGCAAGUUUACCCCCAAAAUCCCCCCAAGUAUGACAAAAUUGAAGACAUGGCCAUGAUGACCCAUCUGAAUGAAGCUUCUGUAUUGUAUAACCUCAAAGAACGUUAUGCAGCAUGGAUGAUCUACGUACGUUUGGACUCUUUCUCCAUAGUUUAGAAGUGUUUGACAGUAUCGAUCAUGGGUAGAAAUACCAGACAAACAGUUUGAGUAGAUAGUGUGCACCCCCUACAUAAUCAAUGGAAGAGAAAUAACGAAACAAGAGUGACAUAGAUAUAUCACAACGAUACAACUUUACAUCAUCAUCAAACACUUAAAUAAACAAAAUUCUAAUUUAUAUGCCAUUUGUUGUGUAUAGUAAAAUCCAUCUCUGGAGUUAGAAAUAGGCUUCCUAAACCUACUCAGUUCCACUUAGAACAUAUCAAAAUAAUUAAUCAGCUUUAGAGUCAAAUAUUUACUGAUGCUUUUGUGAAAAUAUGCCUAAUCCUUAGUAGUCCUCUUGAAAUAUACAUUGAUGCUAUUUGUUUUGUUGUCCAUUUAGACCUACUCUGGCCUUUUCUGCGUCACUGUGAACCCCUACAAGUGGCUCCCAGUGUACAACCCUGAGGUGGUUGCUGGUUACAGAGGGAAGAAACGUAUGGAAGCCCCACCUCACAUCUUCUCCAUCUCUGAUAACGCUUAUCAGUUCAUGUUGACAGGUACUUGGCUUUUUCUCUUUGUAACAGACUUAUUUUCUCAACACAUAAUACUAUGAAUUUUAUUAUUAAUCCCCAUCUCUUGUUUGCAGAUCGUGAAAAUCAGUCUGUCCUGAUUACGUAAGUAUUUAUUGUCAUUGUAUCUUUCGAGUUAUAGUUAUUUCUUCAGCUUUUCUAGACGUACUAUAUUUUAACCUUCUUUAUCCACAGUGGAGAAUCUGGUGCUGGAAAGACUGUGAACACGAAACGUGUCAUCCAGUAUUUUGCAACAAUUGCCGCUAUUGGAGAUCAAGGCAAGAAAAAGGGCCCAGCUAACAGCUUGAAGGUAACACGGCUAUUGGGAUUACUAGUGCAUAGUUAAAGGAUCAAAGCAUAUCUCAUGUGAUGUACAUUCUUUUCUAUCCAUUGGUAUAACGCUACUGAGAAGUCACUUGCUUGUUAGACUUGUAUUCAUAUAUUGGUAAUUAGGUUGAAAAUAUAUACAAAAACCCUUCACAUAUCCAAUAACAAAUAAUCUGCCAAUCCAGAACAAGAGAAAGCACACUUUUCACUAUAGUUUUUAUUACAUCUAUGCAUAAUGCUUGGUUUCUAUUUCAUGUGAAGAAUAAGAGAUCAAUGUCCAAAUGCAAAUUUCAUCAACUGAACAAAUUUUACUCACGUUUGACAGGGCAAUCUAGAAGAUCAAAUCAUUGAGGCUAACCCUCUGCUGGAAGCUUUCGGUAAUGCCAAGACUGUGAGAAAUGACAACUCUUCUCGUUUUGUAAGUUUUUGUUAGGCAAUAGCCAUUUUCAUGUUACAUCUACAUGUAUCCCCAUUUGUUACCAAGUUUACUAAACUCUCACUAUGGUGUUUAGGGUAAAUUCAUCAGGAUCCACUUCGGCACCACCGGAAAACUGUCUUCAGCUGAUAUUGAAACAUGUAAGGAAUAUAUUGCAAAUUAAUUUAUCUUUAACUAUUUAUAAAUGUGAUAUAUUUCUUAUAUUGGCUUUUAUUUGAACAGAUCUACUGGAGAAAUCUAGAGUCACCUUCCAGCUGUCUGCUGAAAGAAGCUACCAUAUCUUCUAUCAGAUCAUGACAAACAAGAAACCAGAAAUUGUUGGUAAUUAAACAACUUUUUUUAUUACUCCAACGGACACAGAGCACAGAAUUUGGUUCCAUAUUUAUAGUGACAGAAUAUAACACACAUGGAAAUAUAUAUAGCAGACAUUUAAAACUAUUAAUUCCAUGUUAAAGAUAUUGCAUGUAUAAUGUUUAAUUUUUUUUAACAAAUUUUUACUAAUAUGCUACAUGUCUUUUUCUCUAGAAACACUUCUGGUCACAACCAACCCUUACGACUAUCCAUCCAUCAGCCAGGGAGAGAUUGCUGUGAAGAGUAUUGAUGAUGAAGAGGAAUUGAUGGCCACUGAUGUAAGUUCUUAAAUUGUAGAGAAGAGCAGCAAAAUUCUAACGGUGUUCUAAAUGUUGGUUUCAAUCUCAAACUGCCUUUCUCAUCCUACAGACGGCCAUUGAUGUCCUGGGUUUCACCGCAGAAGAAAAGAUUGGCAUCUACAAACUUACAGGAGCUGUCAUGCACCAUAGCAACAUGAAGUUCAAGCAAAAACAGAGAGAGGAGCAGGCCGAGCCUGAUGGCACUGAAGGUUUGUCUUCAGUGUUCAGUGAAAGAAUUUCAGUAGUCAGUACAACUGAUACUGAUAUAAAUUAGAAACCUAAUGUCUGCUUAACAUGGAUAAAACUGAUGUCAAAUAUAUGCAUACAAUUAUUUGUAUUGUCAACUUGCAGUUGCUGAUAAAAUCGCAUAUUUGAUGGGUUUGAACUCUGCUGAUCUGCUGAAAGCUCUGUGCUACCCAAGAGUAAAGGUCGGCAAUGAAUAUGUCACCAAAGGACAGACUGUCCCACAGGUAAUUAUGUCUCCAGUGUUCAGUUAUUAUUGUUAAGGUGUCUGUAGUUAUGUGCAGAGGCUUAUGCUAUAUCUGUUCCCUUCAGGUUAACAACUCAGUUGGUGCUCUGUGCAAGUCAGUGUAUGAGAAGCUGUUCUUGUGGAUGGUCACACGUAUCAACCAACAGUUGGACACCAGACAGCCAAGACAGUUCUUUAUUGGUGUGCUGGAUAUAGCUGGUUUUGAAAUCUUUGAUGUAAGCGAACAUUUAUUUAUAACUUUGUCAAAUAUCUUUUUAUAACUGUACCAAGAACAUGUUAUUCAACCCCCUUCUGUCAUCUGCAGUUCAACAGCUUGGAACAACUCUGCAUCAACUUCACCAAUGAGAAACUGCAGCAGUUCUUCAACCACCACAUGUUCGUUCUGGAACAGGAAGAAUACAAGAAAGAAGGCAUUGACUGGGAGUUCAUUGACUUUGGUAUGGAUCUGGCUGCCUGCAUUGAACUUAUUGAGAAGGUGGGUUCCAAAGUUGAAAGCAGUCAAAUUGUGCUGUGGUAACACAGGUUAAGGAUGUAUGAAAUUCUCACUGAUAUCUACAUUUUCAGCCCAUGGGCAUCUUCUCAAUCCUUGAAGAGGAGUGCAUGUUCCCCAAGGCCACUGACACAUCCUUCAAGAACAAACUGUAUGAACAGCAUCUUGGCAAGUGCAAGAACUUUGAGAAGCCCAAGCCUGGCAAAGGAAAGGCUGAAGCUCACUUUUCUCUGGUCCACUAUGCUGGUACUGUGGAUUACAACAUCAGUGGCUGGCUGGACAAGAACAAGGACCCACUGAACGACUCUGUUGUUCAGCUCUACCAGAAGUCUUCAAUGAAACUGUUGUCCUUACUCUACUCCAGCUAUGCUGCUGUUGAUGGUGGGUAUUAAAAUGUUUCAUGCAAAACUACUCACUGCUUCCUCAUUAUCGUUUAUUAGUUUAACACAUAGCUCCCAUUACCCUUAAAUAACAGAUGGUGCAAAGAGUGGAAAGAAGAAGAAGGGAGGCUCCUUCCAGACUGUGUCUGCUUUGUUCAGGGUAUGUACAUUUUUUAUUGUGUACUUUAAACAAAUCUCGACAUUUACGAGUUUUAUUUUUUCAUAACACAUCUAACUUUUCUUCUAACCCAGUUUCCACAACAGAAGUCACAUUGAAUUCAAUAUUUUCCUUAUCUGUUUCAGGAAAAUCUGAACAAGCUGAUGAGCACCUUGAGAAGCACUCACCCACAUUUUGUGCGUUGUUUGAUUCCUAAUGAGACCAAAACUCCUGGUAAAGCUCCAUUCUGAAUGUAUUUAUAUAAUAAGAGAACAGUGUCUUCACUGUUGGGAUGUUGUCCACCUUAAACACUGACUGAUUUUUCACCCCAUCAGGUACCAUGGAAAACCAUCUGAUCAUCCACCAGUUGAGAUGUAACGGUGUGUUGGAGGGUAUCAGAAUUUGCAGAAAAGGAUUCCCCAGCAGAAUCCUCUAUGGUGACUUCAAACAACGGUAUAUUAAAUGAAUUACUUUAACUUAAGUCAUAGAUUAAUUGCAUAAAUAUUUGUUUUACACAUAUCUCCUAAAAAAACAAAAAAACAACAUUUCUACAUUAAAAAAAAAAAAAAGUGUAACAUUUGCCUUGCAUUUACUCCACUUUCUUUUUUUUACAACUUUUAUAAAGUUACAAAGUGUUGAAUGCCAGCGCUAUUCCAGACGGGCAGUUUAUUGACAGCAAGAAGGCUUCUGAGAAACUUCUGGGCUCCAUUGAUGUCGAUCACACUCAGUAUAAAUUUGGCCACACCAAAGUAUGAAGAAACUGGAACAUUAGGGACUAACUUAUGUACAUAUUGACGUUUUAGAGAUUAUUAUAAUAGUUUUCUCUCCUUUGCAGGUGUUCUUCAAAGCUGGUCUUCUCGGUACCCUGGAAGAGAUGAGAGAUGAAAAGUUGGCACAACUUAUUACUUGCACUCAAGCUAUUUGCAGAGGUUUCUUGAUGAGAACUGAGUUCCAGAAGAUGAUUGAGAGAAGGUAACGUUUAUAUAAUAUUAUCAAAAAAAAGUGUUAAUGAAGAGCUUUGUGUUAGAAUAAAGACUCAUCGUCUGUAAAUCUUUUACACAGGGAAGCAAUCUUCGUUAUCCAGUACAAUCUCAGGUCAUUCAUGAAUGUCAAACACUGGCCUUGGAUGAAACUGUAUUUCAAGAUCAAACCUCUCCUGAAGAGUGCUGAGACUGAGAAGGAGAUGGCAAACAUGAAGGAAGAGUUUGAGAAGACCAAGGAAGCUUUGAAAAAGUCAGAAGCCAAGAAGAAAGAACUGGAAGAGAAAAUGGUUUCCCUGCUUCAGGAGAAGAAUGAUUUGCUCCUGCAAGUUCAGUCGGUAAGAAGAUACAAAUAUAAACAGAGUAUGUCUAAAACUAUAAAGUCAAAAUCAAAUAUUUUAAAAAUGCAAUAUACUUUCAAAACAGGAAGGUGAGACUCUGGCUGAUGCAGAGGAAAGAUGUGAAGGCCUCAUCAAGAACAAAAUCCAAUUGGAAUCUAAAAUCAAGGAGCUCACAGAGAGACUUGAAGAUGAAGAGGAAAGCAAUGCUGAACUUACUGCCAAAAAGAGGAAACUAGAGGAUGAAUGUUCUGAGCUCAAGAAAGAUAUUGAUGAUUUGGAGCUUACAUUGGCCAAAGUAGAAAAGGAAAAACAUGCUACAGAAAACAAGGUGUGAAGUCUGAGGAGGAUACACUUUUUUGUUACCUAAUGCUUAAUAAGAUUGCAUUAUGUAUUUUGAAUUACAAUUUCUGCUUUACAUUUAGGUUAAAAACCUCACCGAGGAACUUGCAUCCCUUGAUGAGAAUGUGUCCAGAGUUAGCAAGGAGAAGAAAGCCCUUCAAGAGGCUCACCAGCAAACACUUGAUGACCUGCAAGCUGAAGAGGACAAAGUCAACACUUUGUCAAAAGCCAAGACUAAGCUAGAACAGCAAGUAGAUGACGUAAGUACAUGUGGAAAUGGUACUUCCUACAUCAUGUUCUAAAACAAUGACUCGUGAAUUCCUUGUAACCUAAUACACCAUAAUUGAUCUCUCCUUAUAGCUUGAAGGAUCUCUAGAACAAGAAAAGAAACUCCGUCUUGAUCUGGAGAGAGCCAAGAGGAAGCUUGAAGGUGAUCUGAAGCUGUCCCAGGAAACUGUCAUGGAUCUUGAAAAUGACAAACAGCAAACUGAGGAAAAACUCAAGAAGUUCGUCUUUCUUGUUAAUGUUUGUGUUUCUUUGGUUUUAAGACCUAUUUGUCUAUAACUGCUUGACUAAAGUUAUUUUAUUUUCUGUUGUUAAAACACAGAAAGGACUUUGAAAUUAACCAGCUUCAAUCGAAGAUAGAAGAUGAGCAGUCCCUGGGAUCUCAGAUGCAGAAGAAGAUCAAGGAACUUCAGGUAAGUUUGUUUGCAAGUCAGUUUUGUAAUGCUAUGGGCUACAUUGUUAUUCCUCUACAACAUUUAAUUCUGGUGUUCUAGGCUCGUAUUGAAGAACUUGAGGAGGAAAUUGAGGCAGAACGUGCAGCCCGGGCCAGGGUUGAGAAACAGAGGGCUGAUCUCUCCAGAGAACUUGAAGAGAUCAGUGAGAGGCUUGAAGAGGCCGGAGGUGCUACCUCUGCUCAAAUUGAGCUGAACAAGAAGCGUGAAGUCGAGUUCCAGAAACUGAGACGUGACUUGGAGGAAGCUACCCUUCAGAAUGAAGCUACUUCCUCUACCCUGCGCAAGAAGCAUGCUGACAGUGUUGCUGAACUUGGGGAACAAAUUGAUAACCUACAACGUGUUAAGCAGAAGCUGGAGAAGGAGAAGAGUGAGCUGAAAAUGGAGAUUGAUGAUCUUGCCAGCAAUCUUGAAAAUGUCUCCAAAUCAAAGGUACAUAAGUGGUUAGGUAGAACACUUCAUAUUUUUUACUGAUCUGUAAUUGUGCAAACUAUAAUAUUACUAAUUGUCCUUCUAGGCCAACCUUGAAAAAGUGAACCGUGUGCUUGAAGACCAACUCAGUGAAGUAAAGGCAAGGGAUGAUGAACUUCAACGUCUUCUCAACGACCUCUCUGCCCAAAGGGCUCGAUUCCAAACUGAGAAUGGUAUGCAGAAAAAUUAAUAGAAGGAUAUAGAAAGAUUUUAAAGCAAAUCAAAAGGAAUGAGUUAAAUGAAUACAUAACAAGUAGUUGCAAAUUGUAAACUAAAUUGAGUAAUUAGAGCUAAAAUUGUGACACCUUUGCUAUUUGUCUGAAUUUUGCAUUUUUGGUUCAGAGAAUAUAUCCUACAAUAGCAAAGAAAAAAAAUAUAACAUUUUACCUUACACGGUCAUGCAUAACUACUUUAUCUAUUUUUCCUUAUACAGGAUAUAUCACAAAGGACAUAAGAUAUACAUGUUAUCUAAGUAUAUCUCAUGAAGCCUAAAACUAAAAUGGAAAUGCAAUCUUUCAAAAAAUUUUAUUCUAAUAUUUACAAAACAAACAUACAUCAAUUUACCUAAAAACAUAAAAUUGCAUGGAUUUCUCAUUCAUUCUAGGUGAGCUUACCCGUCAAGUUGAAGAGAGGGAAUCUCUAAUUUCACAGCUCUCAAGAGGAAAGCAAGGCUUUACACAACAAGUGGAGGAACUCAAGAGACAACUUGAGGAGGAAUCAAAGGUAAACCAUCUUAGAACUAUUAGGGCUUCUGAAUAUGAGUGUUUACUAAUCUUUGAUUUAUUUAUACAGGAUAUUAUAUUAAAAGUGUCAUUGAGUAAUUCAAACAAUAUAUAAAAAUAUCACAUGUUAUAUUAUAUUAGUUUACAAACCCUCAGCAUGAGUAUUCUGUUUCAUAUAUUCUUACUAUAUUUCUCAGGCUAAGAAUGCCCUUGCUCACGCCCUCCAAUCCUCCCGCCAUGACAACGACUUGCUACGUGAACAAUAUGAGGAGGAACAAGAGGCCAAGGCUGAACUUCAGCGCUCUUUGUCCAAAGCAAAUGGUGAAGUUGCACAAUGGAGGACCAAAUAUGAAACUGAUGCCAUUCAGCGCACAGAAGAACUGGAAGAGGCCAAGUAUGCUCCCUCUAAAUAAACCCAAUAUAAGCAAUGUGAUCACGCUUUGAAUAAUGACCUUAAAUACCACCUUCAAUGUCCUUAUAGGAAGAAGCUUGCUCAGCGCUUGCAGGAUGCUGAGGAACAGGUAGAGGCUGUGAACUCUAAAUGUGGCUCUCUGGAAAAAACAAAGCAGAGGCUACAGUCUGAGGUAGAGGACCUGAUGGUGGAUGUUGAGAGAGCCAACAGUGCAGCAGCUGCUCUAGACAAGAAGCAGAGGAACUUCGACAAGGUAGAUAUUGAAAACAAAUUCCUACAUUUCCUAACAACUAUUUCCCCCCCAAAUAUUAACACAUUAUUAUUAUUAUUAUUAUUGCUUUAUUAUUUAUAUGGCGCCAUCAUAAUCCUCAUAUCGCUAUUUUAUAUGUACUGGGACUGAUUCUAACCAUCAGUUAUGUCUUGGUGCCCGUGUUUGUCUGGCUUGUGGCAUAACUAUUGCCCGUCCCUAAUUGGUUUAGCAUGUGUGGAUUACAAUCAUUCUUUAUUAAUAUAAUAGGUCCUGGUAGAAUGGAAGCAGAAAUACGAAGAGGGUCAGGCUGAGCUGGAGGCUGCUCAGAAAGAAUCCCGUGGCCUGAGCACCGAUAUCUUCAAGCUGAAGAAUGCUUAUGAGGAGUCCUUGGAACAAGUUGAGACCUUGAAACGCGAAAACAAGAACUUGCAACGUAGGUUUAUCUAUAUUACGUUAGUUUGCAGGAGACAUUGCUAACUACUGAAUAAUUCUUCAAAUUAAUCUAACCAAAUGUUCUAGUAUAAAAAAUAGUAUAGCUAUACAGAUGGCAACUAAAUAAGCACAUGUGCAACAAGUGGAACUAUGGUAGGGGCCAUUUCUGCAAAUGACUAAACUAUGUUGAGAUUAUAUCAUUUUAUGUGUCAAAUAGGACCUUUAUGUCUCCUAAAUCUCUUCCUAUUGUAUUUUGUCCUGCAAUAGUACUUGUGUCACAACAGAUCCCAACUUCACACAUAUUAGUACUGCUGUAUUUCCGCAGAACUUACAAUAAACUUAAAUACCAGUCACUGUGGAGCAAAGUCUGAAUAAAUAUUUGUCCAUUACUUUUCUAGAGGAGAUCUCAGAUCUCACUGAACAGAUCAGUGAAUCUAGUAAAUCCAUUAACGAGCUGGAGAAGGCCAAGAAGCUAGUUGAGCAGGAAAAGAGUGACAUACAGGCUGCCCUGGAGGAAGCAGAGGUAUGUGCAUGAAAUAAAUUAAUAAAAUAUCUGCAACCAAUAUUGCCGUGUGAAGGGAUACUAUUAAACAACCAAUGAUACAUAUAUAUUUUUAAUAGGGAUCUUUGGAACAUGAAGAAGCCAAGAUCCUCCGUGUUCAGCUGGAAUUGAACCAGAUAAAAUCUGAGGUGGACAGGAAAGUUGCAGAGAAGGAUGAAGAGAUUGAACAGCUGAAGAGGAACUCUCAGAGGGCUAUCGAUACCCUGCAAAGCACACUGGACUCUGAGAUCAGAAGCAGGAAUGAUGCUCUGAGACUGAAGAAGAAGAUGGAAGGAGACUUGAAUGAACUUGAAAUCCAGCUCAGCCACGCCAACCGCCAGGCUGCAGAGGCACAGAAACAGCUUCGCAAUGUGCAGGCACAAUUGAAGGUAUCUCAGGAGCACCUCACACAACAAUAUUAAUAUGUAUUAUUUUUAGAGCUGUUGGUUCUUAAAAUGACAUAUCUAGAAUAUUGUCCAUAAUAUAUAACAGCUUGAACACAUAUUUUGCUUUAUCUCUCUUAGGAUACCCAGCUUCAGCUGGAUGAUGCAGUCAGAGGACAAGAAGAUCUGAAGGAACAGCUGGCCGUAAUUGAACGUAGAACCAACCUGCUGCAGGCUGAACUUGAAGAGCACAGGUCUGCUCUGGAACAGACAGAGAGAUCUCGUAAGAUUGCAGAACAAGAGCUCCUGGAUACAAGUGAACGCGUCCAACUUCUGCACUCACAGGUAAAGUACAUAGAAUGGAAACAAUUUAAAUGUGCAUUGAUAGACUGUGUCUAAAUAGAUGGAAUAUUAAAUACACUAUAUUUUUACCCCAUCAGAACACCAGCCUCAUCAACACCAAGAAGAAGCUUGAGUCUGACAUUGCUCAGCUCCAGAGCGAAGCUGAGGAAGCUGUCCAAGAAUCAAGAAAUGCUGAUGACAAAGCCAAGAAGGCCAUCACCGAUGUAUGUUUGUCUCAAGUUCUUACUUUAUGAUUAGAUUUUUUUUUAAAUUUUUUGCCUUGUUAUUCACUAUCUUCUUGAAUAUUUUUCCAAAGGCUGCUCUGAUGGCAGAGGAACUGAAGAAGGAGCAGGACACCAGCUCUCACUUGGAGAGAAUGAAGAAAAACCUUGAGCAAACUGUGAAGGAUCUGCAGCAUCGUCUGGAUGAAGCUGAGCAGCUAGCACUGAAGGGCGGCAAGAAGCAACUUCAGAAGCUUGAGUCCAGAGUACGUACAAAUCAUAGGGCAGUGGUGAAUGAGGUUGAAUUUAGAAAUUGCUAAAUAAUAAUCUGUAUUCUGUUAAUGUGAUCUCCAGGUUCGAGAACUAGAGAACGAAUUGGAUAAUGAACAGAAGCGUGGAGUUGAGGCAGUGAAAGGUGUCCGCAAAUACGAAAGGAGACUGAAGGAGUUAACUUACCAGGUAAAGUAUUAUUCUUGUGUGUAUUAGAAUUAAAAGGCUCUGGUCAAAAAGAAAGAAAUAUAUAAGUGUAGAUUACAUAUAUUACUUAAAAUUCUUUGUAAAAUAACUCUGUAAAAAUGUUUCUCCUCUUUCAGACUGAAGAAGACAGGAAAAAUGUCCUGAGAUUGCAGGAUCUGGUGGACAAACUGCAGCUGAAAGUAAAGGCCUACAAGAGACAGGCUGAGGAAUCUGUAAGUACAAACCCAAUGAGUUCUUGUUUGUAGCCAAAUGAAGUCCAAGUAGAAUACCAUGUUUCCCCUAAGUUGUGGUCAUCUGUUUUUAUAUACUUUGCUGUUAAUCAUUCCUCAUUUAUUCUUAUGUUUCAGGAGGAACAAGCCAACGCUCACUUGGGUCGGUUCAGGAAGGUCCAGCAUGAGCUGGAAGAAGCAGAGGAGAGAGCUGACAUUGCCGAGUCUCAAGUGAACAAGCUCAGAGCUAAGAGCCGUGAUGUUGGCAAGGUAUAACACUAGCUCUAAGUAACGCGUAAUACAAUUUUUCCAUCCUGAUCAGUUUACUUUUAGAUAUUGUUUUUCACUCUAAAUACCCUUUAUGGAUGAAGAAGUAUUCUCUAAACUGGCAUUAUCACGCUUUUUAAUGAAGGGGGAUAUAUAACUCAAGAGCAUAACCAUGGAUUAUAGCUGCAGAUGGUUUAAUCAAUAUCUCAUUCGUUUUACAGAAAGAAGGGCAGGAGUGAAGAAGUUUGAAUGACUGAAAAGGGAAAAACUUGCAAAAUGUGAUUUUUUCUACUUUCUUUUGUAGUACCUUACCUCCAACCCCCAUCCCCUACCUUCUCCUAAAUAAAUGAUGUAUUUGAAUUUUCAAAUAUGUUGUCACAUUACUUAUUUGAAAUAGAUUGAUAUAACAAAUAUAUUACAUCCGUAAUCUAUCAGAUAUUACGUAAGGUGUGAAUGGCUUUAUAAUAUUUGACUGGACUAAGAAUUCAAUCCACAGUGUAAACAUUAGAUGACUCUUUACAGGAAGUGUCUAGGAAGGCUUUGCAAAUCACAUACAGAAAGGUGUGACUAGGGUGCAUAAACAAAGUGAUUUAACUCCUAAAUGGCAGAGGAUUGAGCAGUGAGACUACAGGGACAUAAUGUAUACACCAACACUGCUUCAUUAAACUAGUUAUUUUGAUGACUAUAGUGUCCCUUUAAACACAGUUUGUCUACUUUACAAUAUAUGCUUUGGACUAAAACUUGAUUGUGAUGUAAUUUGCUAAAUCAUUCCUAUACAUUUAAAAGGAAAUGCAGUAUUACAUGUACAAGGUUAACACAAGUUAUCACAGAUUUUCUAUGUUUUAUUCAACAAUGUAACAAGAUUCCAUUCCCCUUUAAUUAGUCAUGUGAACAACUUUCCAGUUCCAUAUCCAUGCAGACACUUAAAGGAACUAUGGAGGUAAAAAAAAAAGGUGAUUUUCACAGUGAGAAGCAUGCAAACGCCUCUAGCGGCUGCCACUAGAGGCUUUAGAGGCUGGAUUAAACCAUUUAUAAACAUUAUAGUAAUAUAACAUAGCCAGAUACCCAGCCCAAGUUGGCUUCUCUCACCUUAAGUACUGUUGCUGGCUGGCUGUUGUGGCUGAUUGGCAGGCGUCUGUGGAUGGUUGGGUGCAGCUAGCUGCUGUGUUUAGUUGGCAGGCAGGCUUGCUGUGGCUGGCAGACUGGUGUGGCAGGCCUCUUUCUUCUCCCAGCCCCUUUGUAGUGUGCUGCUGGCUGCGGCUAGCUGCUGUGGCUGGCAGACUGAUCUGGCUGGCUGGCUGGCUGGCAGGCCUCUUUUUUCUUCCAGCUUUUUACAUUUUGGGGUGUGGUGGGCUUGCAAAAUAGAGGAUCCACCCCAGGUGUCUGCUCUAGGUAUGCCCCUGGUCCCAAGGCAUACAAAGGUUUUUGAGGAUAGUGUGGAAGAUACAUAAAAUAUAUGGAGUUUCUGUCAUGAUUGAAGUUAAAUUACUUAAUUGCUUGCAGAUAAUAUUACAACAUUUUGGAAAUGUUUGCUUUUGACGAGGGAAAUCAGGGUGCAGGUCUGGAUCUGAAAAUAGAACCACCUGUGACACUGUUGUGUCUGUUUCCAAGAACAGAUAGUAUAUGUGCAUCAGAGUGUGUGUAUGUAACUUUUUUAUGCAUGGGGAACUACUGAUUGAUUUAGAAUGCCAGCUGACCGUUCUAGCAAUUCAGCGGCGCUCCUGCCAAGCAGUACUUUGCACUUCUGAAACUCCCCAUAAGACAUCGAAAACUCUUAUGUAUGGGUCACUAUGUCCGCAUAAAAAACCCCAUGAGACAUUGAAACUCUUAUGUAUGGGUCAAUAUGUCCACAGCUUUAAUAACUUAUAAAAUCAAAAAAACAUACUAAAGUUGUUGCCAACCCCCAGCCAUACAUUAUAACAUCACCCACAUAUCAAAUAAAAGGCAAUGACAAAUAUAAAAAACAUUAACAUAACAAUAUAACAAUCACAUAAAUAUCAACAUGUAGAGUGCAUUUUCACAUAAUCUUGGUAGGAGUAUAACCAGAUAAUUCUACACCUCCGAGGCUCUGAGCCACCGAGAAGCUUGAAACCUACCACAAUGUACCAACAGAAAACAAACCAUUUUAACUAACCAACUGACUACCCUUGCUCUUUUAUUAACUUAGAAUGCCCAUAACCCCCCUAACCUUCCUUACAUCAGCCCACCACAAGCUCAGACCUUGGACCCUUAAGCCGUCUGGGCUCCGUCGCUCCAAAGAAACAAUGCCUUAAUCAAACCUUCCAAACCUUAAUCAGAGAUCUCCCUCACCGGCCCACAUGCAGGAUAUUGCGGCCGCUGGCGGGGAGAGAGGGAGGGAGCCAGCCUGCCAGCAGAGGAACCCGGCGGAGCUUUAACUAACAGCUCCGCCGGGUUCCUCUCGCGAGAUUCGGAGCGUUGCCAUGGCAACGCUCCGGGUCUCGCGAGAGUGAACUCUAGCCUCACAGGCUAGAGUUCACUCACCACUAGGACCACCAGGGAUGGAUGGCAGCCCCAGCAGCAGGAUCCCCCCUCCCAGGCUAAAGGUAAGCAGGGAGGGGGGAAAUAAUCACUCAGGUAUAAUCACAGCACCCCUAACACUCACAGCACACACACACACACUGCACCCCUAACACUCACAGCACCCUCACACACACACACUGCACCCUAACACUCACAGCACACACACUGUACCCCUGACACUCACAGCACCCUCACACACACACACUGCACCCCUAACACUCACAGCACACACACUGCACCCCUGACACUCACAGCACCCUCACACACACACACUGCACCCCUGACACGCACAGCACACACACUGCACCCCUAACACUCACAGCACCCUCACACACACACACUGCACCCCUAACACUCACAGCACACACACUGCACCCCUGACACUCACAGCACCCUCACUCACACACACUGCACCCCUGACACUCACAGCAGCUUCCUCACAUGCAUACACUGCACCCUCACAAACAGCUUCCUCACAUGCACAUAGCACCCUCACGCACAGUGGCGUACACAUGACCCAUGGGGCCCCGGUGCGAAAAUUGAUCCGUGGCCCCCCCCUCCCCCUUACUCGGCGCGGUUCGGGGCCGCAACACAUGGCGGCGGGCACCUGGUCGCAGGGCUGCGACCCCGCGACCGCGGUAUGCACACACACUUAAAGGACCACUACAGACACCCAGAUCACAUCAGCUCAAUGAAGUGGUCUGGGUGCCAGGUCCCUUUAGUUUUAACCCUGCAGCUGAAAACAUAGUCGUUUCAGAGAAACGGCUAUGUUUCACUGUGGUUUAAUCCAGCCUCUGGUGGCUGUCUCAUUGACAGCCGCUAGAGGAGCUUCCGCGAUUCUCACUGUGAAAAUCACAGUGAGAAGACACUGAACGUCCAUAGGAAAGCACUGAGUAAUGCUUUCCUAUGGGCGGUUUAAAUUCGCGCGCCUCUUGCCGCGCAUAUGCAUUCGGAGCUGAGAGGCGGAGGGAUCCCCAGCGCCAAGGGAGUCCGGCGCUGGAGAAAGGUAAAUGCUGAAGACACAUGCACACAUACUCUCACGAACAGAUGCAUACACACUAGCUAACAGACACACACAUUUACUGACAGAGACACACUCAGCGACAAACAUACAUACACACUCACUUACAAAACAUACACUUUCACUGACAAACACACACUCACUAACAGACAUCAAACAGACUCAGGAACAGACACACACAGUAACACACUCACUGACACUCACUAGCAGACACACACCCAAUAACAGACACACUCACUGACACUCACCCAAUAACAGACCCACUCACUAGCAGACACACACACUAACACACUAACACACACAAACUUACACUAACACCAACACACUUACACACACACACUAACACUAACACACACAAUCUUACACUAACACCAACACACUUACACACACACUAACACACACAAACUUACACUAACACCAACACACUGUAAUUAAAAAAUGCCCGGGCCGAAUUUUCUUCCCAGUCCAGCCCUGCUUCAAGGAGUUGAUUUCCAGCCUGAGGAAACUAUGGCACUCGGUAGGGCGGAUGCAGUAUUGGGUGCAGCUGACCCCCCCAGCAGUUCCACCCCUUCCCUUCUUAAAAAAGUGGUUGAAACAUAGAAACAUAGAAUGUGACGGCAGAUAAGAACCAUUCGGCCCAUCUAGUCUGCCCAAUUUUAUAAAUACUUUCAUUAGUCCCUGGCCUUAUCUUAUAGUUAGGAUAGCCUUAUGCCUAUACCACGCAUGCUUAAACUCCUUUACUGUGUUACCUCUACCACUUCAGCUGGAAGGCUAUUCCAUGCAUCCACUACCCUCUCAGUAAAGUAAUACUUCCUGAUAUUAUUUUUAAACCUUUGUCCCUCUAAUUUAAGACUGUCUUCUUGUUGAGGCCCUGGCCGCCACCCACAGCUGGAGCAUUCAUGCUUGAAUUUGCAAGUUGCUCCCCACUUGCACUGGACCUCGUUAAAGAGCCAGCAAAAAACUUUCCUGUGGGUGGCUGACGAGGGGGACUGACACCCUGCACGAGCCCCUAGCUGAAAGGGAGACGCUCUUUAAACCAUCAUCAGCUUCAUCCAGAGAUGAAAAUCCAUCUGGUCCCAUCUCAUCCCGACAUUAGUCGAUAACCGCCACCGGAACUGCUCAUCGUACUUCCACAACGCCAUCCCCCUGUACGUAUGAUAUGCCUCCAAGAGCCAUCCAGAUAACAAAAUAAUGAGAAACAAAGCCCUGGUGACUUCUUGCCAAGCACACUGGCAAGGAUACAAAACAAAUGCAGCCAAUUCCCAAACAAUUCCCAGAGGGCUGUCCUAGACCCAGUAGCAACCCCUGCCAGAGGGGCCCCUGCCCGCAACUCCAACCUGGUACCAGAUUGAACCUCUGGAAAAGUCCUGGAAGGCCUGUCACUACCCCCAACAAAACCUCAGCUGCAAUUAGCCAGAUAGUUCUCCCAGGCCCACUGUCAGGCUUCUGAGCAGGUGAGAGAGGAGACGAUUGCAAGGGUUAUUGGUUUAAACUUUAUUUGUCGUAUUAGACAUAACAAAUUUACUGAAAUAAAGAAUAAAGGGCAGUCUGCCAAAAACAGGAUACUUUGUGAGAAAAAACAGGGUUUAGGUGAUAUGCCACAAACAAGAUCUUUAGAAAGUAAAUGAAUAAAGCCUUUUGUAUACAAGCAAGCUUGAUGUUAUAUCAAGUAGUUAAGGAUUUCCAGGAUACUUUGCGAUGCAGCUAGUUAUAGGUAAAUACCUUUUAGGAUAAGGCAAUACAGGAUCAUGCAGAGUUGCAGAGGUUGAAACAGGUAGGUAUAGUCCAAAAUAAUAUAAUACAGGUUGCUUAUGAGAUCAUACUGUGAUACAGCAAUUGAAGCAGUUAAGAUUCUUCAAUCACAAAUCAGGAUUCUUGGAAGCUGAUAAGGAAAGUCUUUCGGUAAGAUGUAAUUCAGGCAAAUUCAGGAUGAAGUAAUGCAGGUUAGUGCCUUUCAGUAUGAGGAAAUGCAGAUGAGUCCAGGAUGAGGCACUGCAGGUAAGUUCUCUACAGAAUGAAAUCAUGUAGAUAAAAUACAGGAUAUUACCAGGAACAGAGAUUCUUUAUCAGAGCAUAGACUUCAUCUUUAUCAGAGCAUACAGUUGCAAGAAAAAGUAUGUGAACCCUUUGGAAUGAUAUGGAUUUCAGCACAAAUUGGUCAUAAAAUGUGAUCUGAUCAUCAUCUAAGUCACAACAAUAGGCAAUCACAGUCUGCUUAAACUAAUUAUACACAAAGAAUGAAAUGUUGCCAUGUUUUUAUUGAACACACCAUGUAAACAUUCACAAUGCAGGUGGAAAAAGUAUGUGAACCCCUAGACUAAUGACAUCUCCAAGAGCUAAUUGGAGUGAGAUGUCAGCCAACUGGAGUCCAAUCAAUGAGAUGAGAUUGGAGGUGUUGGUUACAGCUGCCCUGCCCUAUAAAAAACACACACCAGUUCUGGGUUUGCUUUUCACAAGAAGCAUUGCCUGAUGUGAAUGAUGCCUCGCACAAAAGAGCUCUCAGAAGACCUACGAUUAAGAAUUGUUGACUUGCAUAAAGCUGGAAAGGGUUAUAAAAGUAUCUCCAAAAGCCUUGCUGUUCAUCAGUCCACGGUAAGACAAAUUGUCUAUAAAUGGAGAAAGUUCAGCACUGCUGCUACUCUCCCUAGGAGUGGCCGUCCUGUAAAGAUGACUGCAAGAGCACAGCGCAGACUGCUCAAUGAGGUGAAGAAGAAUCCUAGAGUGUCAGCUAAAGACUUACAAAAGUCACUGGCAAAUGCUAACAUCCCUGUUAGCGAAUCUACAAUACGUAAAACACUAAGCAAGAAUGGAUUUCAUGGGAGGAUACCACAGAGGAAGCCACUGCUGUCCAAACAAAACAUUGCUGCACGUUUAAAGUUUGCACAAGAGCACCUUGAUAUUCCACAGCAGUACUGACAAAAUAUUCUGUGGACAGAUGAAAGCAAAGUUGAGUUGUUUGGAAGAAACACACAACACUAUGUGUGGCGGGAAAAAGGCACAGCACACGGACAUCAAAACCUCAUCCCAACUGUGAAGUAUGGUGGUGGGGGCAUCAUGGUUUGGGGCUGCUUUGCUGCCUCAGGGCCUGGACGGAUUGCUAUCAUAGAAGGAAAAAUGAAUUCCCAAGUUUAUCAAGACAUUUUGCAGGAGAACUUAAGGCCAUCUGUCUACCAGCUGAAGCUCAACAGAAGUUGGGUGUUGCAACAGGAUGGCUUAAACAAAAGAAAAUACACCUUCUGAAGUGGCCCAUUCAAAGUCCUGACCUCAACCCGAUUGAGAUGCUGUGGCAUGACCUCAAGAAGGCAAUUCACACCAGACAUCCCAAGAAUAUUGCUGAAUUGAAACAGUUCUGUAAAGAGUAAUGGUCAAGAAUUACUCCUGACCGUUGUGCACGUCUGAUCUGCAACUACAGGAAACAUUUGGUUGACGUUAUUGCUGCCAAAGGAGGUUCAACCAGUUAUUAAAUCCAAGGGUUCACAUACUUUUUCCACCUGCACUGUGAAUGUUUACAUGGUGUGUUCAAUAAAAACAUGGCAACAUUUCAUUCUUUUGUGUGUUAUUAGUUUAAGCAGACUGUGAUUGUCUAUUGUUGUGACUUAGAUGAUGAUCAGAUCACAUUUUAUGACCAAUUUGUGCAGAAAUCCAUAUCAUUCCAAAGGGUUUACAUACCUUUUCUUGCAACUGUAGACUUCAAUGUCAAGGUAAUGUUGUGUGCUGGGAGUAGACUUAUCAAGCAUCCUAAUUAGUUAAUCCAGGUGAGUUUAUUAAGGUGAGUGAAUAGAUUAGUGGCUAGGGAGGCCACUAGAGGAGAAAAUCAUGAAGUUCACCUAAAGGGCCAGUAAUAAAUGAAAAAGUCUUACAUGUCAGUUUUGGAACCUGACAUCCACCCUCUGACCCAGGAGCCACGCUACCUCCAGGUGAUGGGCCUCCUGGUCCCCAAUUGUGCUGCCCCCUCCUCUCGACUUCAGGCUAUCACUGCCUACUGCAGCCUCUAACACCGCCAUACCCGUGCUCAGCCAUAGCAGGGGUCUCGUCCUCCAUGCCGGAUGCGGACUUCUGUGCUCCAACUCCAACACAGCACCCAGCCUGGAUCCACUCAGCGGCUCUGUUCCUUGCCGAUACCGGCAGUCAGCUCCUCUACAGAUCACUCAGUCAUCCUGAGAAACAAAACACAAACUCAGCAGGCCCAACCAAGCGCAGGUAAAAACGUCCACCAACUCUGCCUGGUAAGUUAAUUAAUAGUGACAGGAUUCUAAAAUGUCUGGACUUUAUAUACCAGCCAUGCCUCCGAUCAAGGAUCACACAAUUACCUGCCUAAACCUGCCUCCAAGCCCUGUCAAGGCCUUUUUUCUCAAAGCUGUGCUUGCUCCAUGGGGCUACAGUCCUUUGGUUGUGGAUAAUGUUUACUUUGGAGAAAGUUUACAAUUUAUUUUUUUUUGUAUACCUUGGCCAAUUUUAAUUUUGCAUCCCCAAAUGAAAAGUUUAGCUUUCUCUUAGUAGCCCCAACGUUUAUAGAAAACACCGUUUUUUUUUUAAAUUCUUUAUUUUAUUCGUGCAUAGAUGUAACAAGCAGUUUUGCACUGCCACGACAGCUGGUGCACACAUAAAUGAAACAUAUGGUGACAGUAAUGUGGCAUAAGAAACAUUGCACAUUUUUUAUAUAAACAAACAGAAUUAUGCUUAAUAAGAGUUCGCCAUGCUUAAUGAGAUUUAGUUAUGCUUAGUAAGAUUCAGUCAUGCCUAGUCAGGGUCAACCAUGUUCAGUGAGGCUUAACCAUUCUCAGUAAGGGUUAACCUUGUUCAGUGAGAUUUAACUAUGCCCAGUUAGGUUUAACCAUGCUUAGAAAGGGUUAACUAUGCCCAGUUAGGUUUAACCAUGCUUAGAAAGGGUUAACUAUGCCCCGUUAGGUUUCACCAUGCUUAGAAAGGGUUAACUGUGCCCCGUUAGGUUUAACCAUGCGUAGAAAGGGUUAACUGUGCCCAGUUAGGUUUAACCAUGCUUAGAAAGGGUUAACUGUGCCCAGUUAGGUUUAACCAUGCUUAGAAAGGGUUAACUGUGCCCAGUUAGGUUUAACCAUGCUUAGAAAGGGUUAACUGUGCCCAGUUAGGUUUAACCAUGCUUAGAAAGGGUUAACUGUGCCCCGUUAGGUUUAACCAUGCUUAGAAAGGGUUAACUGUGCCCCGUUAGGUUUAACCAUGCUUAGAAAGGGUUAACUAUGCCCCGUUAGGUUUAACCAUGCUUAGAAAGGGUUAACUGUGCCCCGUUAGGUUUAACCAUGCUUAGAAAGGGUUAACUGUGCCCAGUUAGGUUUAACCAUGCAUGAUCAAAGUAACCAUUCCUAUACUAUGCCACCUAAAAAAAGAAAAAAGAAAGAAUACAGCUAAACUUACUUCCAUUCAAGUGUCGAGGCCAACUUCUCCCUGUCUUCCUCCACUGAAGAUGUUCCCACUCGCCGAAAAGGAAGGGAUGUCAGAGAAGGCUAGCUGAGGGGAGGACAUUGCUCUGCUAGUUGGAAUAGUAUGAAUUUUAAUAUUCAGAGAACAAUACGGAUGCUGGUAGAUGGGCCUGGACAUUAAGUAACAUUGCUUCAACCUCUCUGAACAAAGAUCAGAAUAGCCUUUUGUUUAGUGACCCUGAGAAGUAAAAAUGAGAAAUCCCUAUUUACUGUUUCAUUCCUGAGAUAUUUGUGUAUAAGGAUUACAGUGAACGAUGAUUAAUUACUAAGAUGGACUGUCCCACCUGAAAAUCCUAGAAGCCAGAGAGACUGAUCAAGAAGACCAUCCUAAAUAUCAUCAAAAUAAGAUCCGGUAGGAGGCUGACUGAGGGCAAUGGACUGAGUUACAGACCAGAGCAUCCAGAGAGGAGAAUCCCAAAUCAAAUGAAUUCAUCAUAAAUGUGGUAAUGUAUAAAGGUGUCUCUCUAUCUUUAUUUUUAAAAUACAUUUGACUGUUAAAUGCCUGUGGAUAUAUCUAUUGUGAACUGAAACUAUCCCAUUGAAGUGGUAUUAAUAGAAAAGUUAUAUUUUAUUCUACCUGCAGUCUAAUUGAGAUAUAUCUUAUUAAACUAAGGAAUAUUAUUAAAGGAACACUAUAGUCACCUAAAUUACUUUAGCUAAAUAAAGCAGUUUUAGUGUAUAGAUCAUUCCCCUGCAAUUUCACUGCUCAAUUCACUGUCAUUUAGGAGUUAAAUCACUUUGUUUCUGUUUAUGCAGCCCUAGCCACACCUCCCCUGGCUAUGAUUGACAGAGCCUGCAUGAAAAAAAAACUGGUUUCACUUUCAAACAGAUGUAAUUUACCUUAAAUAAUUGUAUCUCAAUCUCUAAAUUGAACUUUAAUCACAUACAGGAGGCUCUUGCAGGGUCUAGCAAGCUAUUAACAUAGCAGGGGAUAAGAAAAUCUUAAUUAAACAGAACUUAAAAUAAAGAAAGCCUAAAUAGGGCUCUCUUUACAGGAAGUGUUUAUGGAAGGCUGUGCAAGUCACAUGCAGGGAGGUGUGACUAGGGUUCAUAAACAAAGGGAUUUAACUCCUAAAUGGCAGAGGAUUGAGCAGUGAGGCUGCAGGGGCAUGUUCUAUACAGCAAAACUGCUUCAUUAAGCUAUAGUUGUUCAGGUUACUAUAGUGUCCCUUUAAUUCCUCUUUUAUAGGUAUCGGUUCAACAUAUAUAUAUUUCUACUAAAGCUAGAAGGAACCUUAAAUUAUAUAAGUUUAUGUCUUAAAUCAAUAGGGUUAAAGAAAGUUGUGGCCCAUCAUUGUAUAAAAUUAAAUAUCAAAGUACUAUAGCUAAAUUUUAUUUGCAUAGACUUGGCAGGGUUGGUUGAUAUUUAAACUAAUUAAUAAACCAACAAUUGUUUUGCUUAAUGCAAAGGGUGCCAUGUUGUUAAUUCUGUAUGCUGGUUCUGCUGUGAAGUUUUUAUCUGUUUUAUUGUCCUUUGGUGAUAAGUUUGUAGAUGAUAAAAGGUGUAAUGUUGACUCUUAGGCUUGUGAAGAAAAUGGAUUGAUUUGUUGAUUUGAACUCCUAUAUGGUAUAGCAAAUUUAUUAUAAUUGUAUUGUUUUGUUGCUUUCGCAUUCUAUUGUGUGUAUUAUUAAACGUAUUUAUAUAUAUAUAUAUAUAUAUAUAUAUAUAUAUGUAUUAAAGAAAGUCUGUUUAUUUGCCAUCUGCCAUUCAUAAGUGUUUAUAUCAGCGCUGAAAACAAAGAACUACAGGGUCCCUGAAAGCUCUGUGUGUGUGUAAAUCACCAGGUUUAAUAUCUUUGUCCCAUACAUGUAAAACCUGAGAUUGCGCAACUAAAUGGGUAGCACAGAGGCUGUGCAUGCUGGAUUCAACACCAAUUUUGCGCACAGUAGAUGCUGCUGGUUCAGUUCUCAAGAUCUCCAGGUAAUUAACCAGAAUACAGUGGAGCUGAAGGAAGCAUUAAUCGGGAGAUACAAACUGUCACUCACCUUUUGAGCAAAAGAACACAAUCUGGAAAACCACUAGUGAAUGAUGCUCUCUUCGAGUGCAGGCUCUGGACCAAGCCACCCAGUCACUCAGAGGCAUCAGUUUAUUGAAUUCAAGCUGCUUGUAAUAGAAACACUGUUUCAACAUAUCUACAUGAAAGCCUUACGAGUUUCUUGAAAGAAAAUGCUUCUAUUUAUGGACUUUUAAAGACUACAAAUUAAGGGUUACAAUACCGCUUAUGUUACCCGGUUUUCAUACCAAUUUUUUAUUGUAUUAUUUCUUUGUGAUCAUUAGCCUUUAAAAAUUAUUUUAAGUCAUUGCCAUAGCAACCACAACUGGACGAUAUAAAAGGCAUACACCUCACAUUCCGACUUCACCUAUGAUCAGAAUUGAUGCAGGACACAGUGGUGAUGGUUGGAUUUGGUAGGUUGUAGUAAAUGUUGAAAGGUAUAGGUCAAUAUUAGCCUUUAGGUACAAACAUUUACACACAGUACUUAGGGAACAUAUAUUAGUCAGGACACAUGUACAACACUUCACACACAUUCAGAUACACACUUUUUUGCCAUAUUUAUCCUUUCUUCCAUCUCGUUAAACCAAAAACAUGUGAAGUCAGCUAGAAGGCAGCUAGCACAACAAGAUAUUCCAAUCUCGCACAAUGUCCAGAACUGCUUAAAUCCAGGAUAUCUUGAAAGCUGAUAAUUCACAACAUCCACAUCCUCAUCCAUGCCUCUCUGGCUUUCUUCCGAGUCCCCCUAAAGGAGGCAUCACUCUGCAGGCCUUGUGCCAGGAGCAUCAUGUGUCUUCCACCAGAUAUCUCCUCCUCUCGAGACCACUCAUGCAAGAAACAAGGUAAAAAGUUUUUUUUAUCUAUAUUUUUAUAUUUAGAUUAAUUUGUUUAGUUUUGUAAAAUUUUAUUUUGAAGAAUAUUUUUUUUCAAAGUGAAAGAGAUUAUCUGGUUUUUAUUAUACUUUUCAGUUACUAUGCGUACAUAUACAAAUAGUAUAUAUGUAGACUGUAGUUUACAAACUCUGAUACGUGUUACUACCUCCACUAUGAAAAAUGUUGUUUCACACGUAUGUAGCGUUAUGGAGGUUGGCAAAUAUAGUACCGUUUAAAUAAGCUAUUGCAACACACUGUACUUACUAAUGUGGCAUGAGAUCACGUAGACACUUUAAAUAACUUGUUCGAGCAAAUGGUAAGGAGUUUAAGCAUGCGUGGGAUAGGCAUAAGGCUAUCCUAACUAUAAGAUAAGGCCAGGGACUAAUUAAAGUAUUUAGAAAAUUGGGCAGCCUAGAUGGGCCGAAUGGUUCUAAUCUGCCGUCACGUUCUAUGUUUCUAUGUAAAUGUUUCUUUCAUGAAGAUAAAUGGCUGUAUAUUAUCAGUUUAUAUAGGUUUGGAUUGUCUUGUUUUCACAUCUUUUGACCUGUUUAUCAAUUUUACAUGAUGGAUGUAUCUCACAGAUAUAGUAGAAGAAAUAUUAAACCCUUAGAGACACCGCUUCAGAAAAAAAGGCCUGCAUGACGGACAAUGCCCUUAAAGGGGUUAAAUCCUCACACCACCUUUAGAAUUAAUCCUUACCAAAAUUGUAUAAUUAUAAUGCAGAACUUGCCAUGCAAGGCACACUUCUAGUGAGUCUAAAAAGGGCCCAUUGUAAUUACAGCAAUAUCUCUAAAACAGGUGAGUUGUGAUAGUGAAGUUGAAAGACAGUGUUUAUGUUAUAAUCGUCAUACAGGGAUGUAUACUACAAUGAAAAAAGAAUGGAUGUUUAAAUGUUUGUGGCAUUAACACAGGAGCAAUAGAGAAAAUGUCAGAUUGGAACACCGAUGAAUAAAGAGCAACUGUCAAGAAAAAUAGGUGUUGCAAGUUAGGAUUGGCUGAAUUAUACCUACAUAGAAUAUGUCUAUGUUGUCUGAAUUGUAAAUGUAUAGUGUAUGAUCUAAAAGACAGAAUUAAAUACUACACAAGCAGAAAUUUACAAGCUUCAAACAUCAAAUUUAUUUAGGAAUAUAGAUAAACCUGCAUUCCAUGUUACACACAUUACCUAAGAAUGUAAUGAUAGAAAUGUUAUAAAGUGAGGACCUGAAAAAAUAUCUUACCUUGUCGCUGACGUCGCGGCUCUUAGCUCUGAGUUAGUUAACUUGAAACUCGGCAAUUUUGGCUCUCUCCUCGACUUCCUCCAGCUCAUGCUCGACCUUCCUGAACUUCCAAGUGAGCGUUGGCUUGUUCCUCCUGAGACACAUGAGGAAUAAUUAACAGCAAAGUCUAUAAAAAAGAUGACCACCACCUAAAGGGAACAGAGUAUUGUAACUGAACAUUUGUUGGCUACAAACAAGAUCUCAUUGAGUUUGUACUUACAGAUUCCUCAGCCUGUCUCUUGUAGGUUUUUACUUGCAGCUGCAGUUUGUCCACCACAUUUUUCCUGUCUUCUUCAGUUUGAAAGAGGAGAACACUUUUACAGUGCCUUUUUCAUUUUAAUGCACACAAGAAGAAUACCUGGUAAUACCCUGCAGGUAAAGUAGUCUUCUUGUGAGCAUUAAAAUGAAAAAGGCACUGGUCAAAAACAAAAAAUAUAUAGAUUUAAGAUAUUACUAAAAAAUUACUUUAAAAAAACAAUGCCAUAAUCUCCAGUAGACUCUGUAAAAGUGUUCUCCUCUUUCAGACUGAAGAAGACAGGAAAAAUG